AAUUUUCAAAAUAUCCUCUAAAUUAUAAUAAAUUCAUUCUUUGUUAUCGUGAUAUACUUCGUGAUUUCUUAUUACGAGGUAUUGAAAAUGUUGAAAAUGAUAUUAAUAAAGAAACUACAGCUCAAGUUGUUAAGGAAGUUAAAACUAGGAUAGUAAAAUUAGAGCCUGAAAAAGAACUGACUAAAAUUUUAUUAGAAUUAUGGAAUUUAGUUCCACUUGAUGACUCUGUAGAUCCAUAUCCAUUCAAGAAGUUUAAUCCACCACGGGAAAGAUUCAUUCGCGAUAUUAAUCCAAUGUUUAUUCCACCUUAG